UAAGGUUGCAGGGUUCGCUCAGGUCUAAGGCCGCUGGAGGAUUUCGCUGUCCUUGAGAGGGCCAAAAGCGCCCUCAGUCAUUUUGCUGGCGUUACGGUAGCAGGGGGAGCUGGAGUAAAGGGAUCUUCCUCGCUUGAUCCUUCUCCGGGUGCAUGUUGUUGUUGUCACACUGCAUUUACACUGUGCCUUUCUCCUUCCAACAAGGCAGCUUACAAGCUUCUGUUCUUCCUAUUGUCUGCACAGCAAUAAUCUGCCAGGUGGCCAUGGUGGAAGUCCAGCUGGACGCUGAGCACAACUACCCGCCGGGGCUCCUGAUCGCCUUCAGCGCCUGCACAACCGUGCUGGUGGCCGUCCACCUCUUCGCCCUCAUGAUCAGCACCUGCAUCCUCCCCAACAUCGAGGCGGUUAGCAACGUGCACAACCUGAACUCAGUCAAGGAGUCGCCCCACGAGCGCAUGCACCGGCACAUAGAGCUGGCCUGGGCCUUCUCCACCGUCAUCGGGACGCUGCUCUUCCUGGCUGAGGUGGUCUUGCUCUGCUGGGUGAAAUUUCACCCGCUGAAGAAGAAGCCGGUCGACGGGAAGGCCAGCAAUUCCACGGUCACGGCCGGCGAAGCGGCUGCCAUCACAUCCACCACCAUCAUGGUGCCCUUCGGGCUGGUCUUCAUCGUGUUCGCCGUCCACUUCUACCGGUCGCUGGUGACGCACAAGACGGACCGUCAGUUCCAGGAACUGAACGAACUCGCAGAGUUUGCCCGGCUGCAAGACCAGCUGGACCACAGAGGCGACUCCCUCCCACCCCCGGGCAGCCAUUUUGCCUGAAUACUAAACUAUGGAGUUUUUGAAAGCCCGUGCGGAUAUUUCUGCUCUGUUCUCCUGACUUCCUCAGGCGUGAAUUUGGCUGGACUGUGGUUUUGGUGUGGAAAAAGAGAUUAGUAGUACUGGAUCUUAACCCCUUAGUGCUUUUUUAAAAAAAAUACAGUGAAUGAUUCUCAUGUUACCUUUUGAGGCACGGAGGCGGGAGAAGCCAUUCUGCCUCGGGAGCAUGUAUUUCUCACUGCACAUCUCCUCCCCUCGUCUGCAUCACCCAGAUGGUUCUCCUUGAAGCAGGGAUUCAUCAGGCAAAAGGAAAUUCUGGGCUCUCAUGCUGGAUGCAGAAAAACGAGGGGAGACGUUAGAGGCUUGUAGGAAUCUGUAAUAAUUUUUUAGUCUUUUGUGUGUGUGCUUCAUAACUGGCAUGGGUUAGAGGGCAUUCUUGGCUUGUCAAAUUCACAUUGCUUACCCUGACUGUAAAUGUACUUUAGAGCAAUCAGGAAUUCAACGUGUGUUUGGUCCUAGUCACAGCUGUUUAAAACCCCAGUUUCGGGCAGAAGCAAGGGACAGAUGUGAAAUGUGCAUGGCCCUGCAUCACCAAAAUGCAGAACAGCUCUUAACCACAGAGUUGAGCUUUCAAGAAUGUUGGCUUUAGUUGUUGUUGUUUCUAAAGAAAAGCAAAGCUUCUAGUCCUCAUGACCAUAAAUAUAGGCUUUAAAGCAUGUGGGCAAUACCUGCUGAGAUCUCAGAAGUCAACAGAGCAGCUUCUUUCCAGGCCAGAGGACGAAAGCCUCCUUUUUCUCCUUAAUAAUCUCCAUAACUCCUUGAAGAGGAAUUGGAUGCUGCAAAACAGAAGAAUCUGAGCAAAUUGCCUUUACGUUUCUGGGAUCUAUACAGAGUGGGGCUUUUUGAAUCAUCCUUGCAAAUUCUUGCUUUGUAUCUCCUGAGGACAGGGUAGUAAACAGGGAUGUUGUAAAUGUGAGAGUAUAGUCAAGGAAUGUACAUUUCAAAUAUUCUUCCCAACCACACCCUCACCGUCAGGCCCUGUGACCUAGUCAUUUGAUAAUGCUAAAACGCUUUUAUAAAGUGGUGCUGGAAAAUGUAUUCUUUAAUUUCUGACAAUCCACAUUGCCAAUCUAAUCCACUUCAGAACCAGUUUAGCUGCUGCAUCUUCCCCUGUAAGGUCUCCAGGAAGUCUAGAUUCUGGAAGGUCCUGCAAAAACCCAUUGCCCUCCCCUGCUACAACUACAGGUCCCCGGAGAACAUGCGAAUGGUAGGGGUUAAAAUUGCCCUUGCAGAUUGCUUUGUAUAUUUCAACAGCAGGCUCAGCCGUUCAGGGUGUGGUGAACAGCUCUUGGCGGUAGAUAGAUAGAACAGAGGCUCUUGUUCGCUUCAGCAGAAACUCAGAGUGCAGGGACAGCGGCAGGAGCCAAGGACCUUUGCAGAAAGGGGCAGAAGCACCAAUCCUGUGAGGAACCUCCUGAGGGGUGGGCUUUAGCUCUCUGGAGUUAAAAUUUGCAGUCGCCUGUAGGAAUGGGCUUGUGCUAGCACUCCGGGUGGUCCCCCCCCUCUCCUUAAUUAGAGCUGCCAGGAAUCAAGCCUGGAGACAUCCCAGGGCAGAGUCUUCACCUUGUGCAUGAAAAUACCCUCAGCUCUGCAUGAAAAGGGCCGCAGGUAGCAAGAUUGUGUACAUUUGUCUGGCGCCAUCUAAGUACCUCGCAUUUUAUGACAGCCAGGUUAGGCCUAUCCUUGGACUGGGGCUUAGAAUAAAACAAACAGAAGGAGAGGGGCGGGGCGGGAGGCAGACAAACGGAGGAAGAAUAGGCGAGUGUGCCAGUUCCACUUAGGAGUGUGUCAGGUUUGUUACAACAGCAGCCUUUCCUGACUUGGUGCCCCCAGGUUGGUUUAGACUGCAGCUCCCAUCUCUGGCCAUGCUGGCUUGGGCAGGUGAGGCCUCUAACUCGAAAUGUCUGGAGUACGCGAGUUACAGAAAGCUGCAAUCGGGUGUUGGGAGUAGGGGAUGUUCCAGCAGAGUGGGUCGGGGCCCAAGGUCCAGCCGCACCAGCGCUGGUGUAGCAGGAGCCACCGGCCCAGUUCUGUCUCACGCAAUCCCUCUGAGCCUCCCCUUGCUUCUCGUGCUGUUCCCCUUUUGCCCUGGCAGCUAUGGCUGGGCUUAGAGAGUGAGCACUUUGCCCCAGUGGUUUGGUGUUCGGUGAGCACUGGAAUCUCGGGAGUGGCCGACUGGAAGCCUCGGAGUUGCCAUCCCAACACAUCGGAAGGUUGCUAGUUGGAGGAAGGUCUGGGCAGGGGUUUUGCUUCCGUCCGGGGUGCUGAUGGGAGUAGUUUAUUCCUGGAGGACGGACACCACGGGGGGAAGGUGAGGUCAGAAACAGCGGGGAAGUGUGAGUCCGGAAGGGGAAAGUUGCAGGCCUGGAUGAAGAGAACAUCUGGACCCUACCCUAGCGAAGCGCACGCCACGUGAACCUUGCAGAGUCACUGCCUACCACCCCAGGUGGCAGAAUUGUGUCUGUCUCCACAUCAGUAUUUAAAUAUGUAUUUAUUAGUCUCCGGUGCUGCUCAUACUGGGAUGUCUUGUUCUGUGUGUCCGAUGAGGUCCAUGCCUACUUAAUUCCAGGAAUGGUGUAGCUUCAGUUGUUCCCCUAGAGCAGGUGUAGGCAAUCCAGGGCCUUCCAGAUGUUUUGGUCUCCCAACUCCCCCAGCUAUCGGUUCUACUGGCAAGGGCUGACAGGCCUUGUCAUUCAAAACAUCUGGAGAGCACCAGCUUGGUUGCUGCUGCCCUAGAGCCUUCCCCAGCUUAGCUUACUCCAGAUGUUAGGCUACAACAUCCCCCUUACAGCCAUGCCAGCUGGGAAUAAGAGUUGUCAGUACAUCUGGGUGGACAAAGGCAGUUCUAGGGGAUUCACUGGGCUUCAGAGUUCAGGAUUUAAGAACUAUUUCUAUUUGAGAAAAGCUAAUUUUAUCUUUCAAGUCAAAGUGAUCCUUGUUUUAGGUUAGCAAAGAAACUUUUUUUUAUUGGAUGGGUAGAUGGAUCUUUAAAUAUGAAUCCAAGGUUAGUGCUGGAAUCUAACCCCAGUUCUCGGGUUCUUUUGACUAGUUCCUUCUGUGAUCGUUUUUGCUUUUGCUUGGAAGCUGCCUUCAAGAUCCUUAAGGGCACUCACACUGGGAGCAGUUGCACGGUGGCUCUUGGUGCACUCAACCCAUUUUUUUGCUCAAGUAUUUACGCGCAAGACAGGGGUCGAAAGUGCGUUGUGUGCUGUGUCCUUUUAGGUUUGGAAAGUCAAUUCUAUGCUCAUAACACUGCUGUAUGCAGAGUUCAUUCUUGGGUGAAGUUCCUUGCAGUGGCCAAUGAAGGCAGGAAUGCUGGACGUGUUUGAAUUAGAGAGUUAUUCCAGGGUGUGUGUGUGUGUGUGUUUUAUCAAAGAAUUUUGUUCUGAGCCACAUCACUGUUGCCUUUACAGAAUGGGAAAGCUUUGCUUUCCCCAUUUUUACCACCUUCUGGGUGCACUUGCUUAGACUCCUCACAGCUCUGUGACAUUAGAAAGUGCUUAAUCCUCCUGAGAUGGGGAGAUAAUCUUUAUUUGUCAUCACAGCAGAGAAAAUUGGAAAUCUGAGAAUCAGAAAAGGUCAGUACACGUGAUGGAGAAACAGAUAGCGAGUGAUGUAGGUUGUUGCUGAGCUACUGAGGUGUGCCACUGUAGUGGGUGGGGGAAAUACUUGAAAUUGCAGCUGCUGAAAUGGCUAGCAAUGUUUAGGAGCUCGGGGAGGAGAGGCGAGGGGGCUCCACGUAGGUGUUGGACACAAAAAGCCUUCAGGUAGGCCUGGGAAAGAACCCUGGAGAAGCCUUCCCCAGCCUGUGGAUCCCCCAGUAGGCUGGACGACGUGUUCCAGUAUUCCUACCAUCAGCCAUGGCAGCCUGGGCUGUUGAGAGCUGAAGCCGAACCAUUUGGAGGGUGCCAGGUUGGGUGACUGGCCCUAAGAUAUACCUAUGGGGGGGACUAUUUCAUGUAGGCGCGUUGAAUCUCCAUCAGCUCAGGAGCCCAGGCCGACUUAAGAGGAGCUCUUAGGGCUGUUGGGAGAGGUGGACGGAGAGAAAUAGUGCGGCCUUGGGAAAAGCAGUGCAACCAUUUAGAAUGGUAGGAAGCCUGCACAAAAGGCAGGAAACUGAGCAAUGCCAUCUAGGGAACACAAGUGCUGGAUCUGGCCCCCAGGCAUGGCAUUCUACAGCCCUUAGUUAAUACCCGUGGCAAAGAGAGCUCUGCCUCUCACACAAACUUAUAUGGUAGUGAAUCUGACCAGAUUUGGAGGUUUCUCUAACAAACAAACAGAAUUUAGGAAGCCCCUUCAGCCCUUUCUUAAAUAAGGCUUUGAGGGAAAUAACACAAGAAUCCAAUUUCAAGUUGCCAGAACGGAUGCUGAACGUCAUCCCUUUUACACUGCCAGCAACCCAUUAACCAAUAUGAAGUAUAUUGCAAAGAUUUUGAGACAAUCUCCUCCAAUGAGGGUAUGUGGAAUGCACAUUCCACUGUAAACACUCGUUGUAACAUACUUCUUACAGUUGUGUUGCAGUGGAUAUCCUGUCCACAGUAAAUGUAUCAUGGCUGCUUUACAAAACUGGUUAUCAACCCCUUCAGAGCAUAAAUUCAAAGCUAAAGCAAAUUGCAAAGAAUCCUUAAAUAACGAGGGCCACUUGACACGUCUGUGAUUCACAAGAACAGCUGAACCUCUGGCAUGAUUGGUCAGGAUCAGUGGAUCAGGGAUUUGCUGCAGGUAUUUAGCAGCUCACAAGAUGGCUCUGAGGACGGUGAUGUUUAAGAGGCCAGUUACGAGAAAGUGGCGUUGAUUGGGGUGGAGGUCCUAUCAGUCUGGUUUCUGCGGAGCCCAGCUUGUGGGGUGCGCCAAGUCCAGUGCUGGCCAGCUCCUGACACUUCACGACCCCCCUCCGUUGAGGCCCCGUUCUCAGCUGGGAUGAAGCUGGGACCGUCUGCAUGCAGACGAAGUGCACUAUGGGUGCCCCUCGCCCCCCCCCCCGCAGCAAUGGUAUCUCCCUGUGGGGGUGGGACCUCAUGCACGCCUGCUCCCACCUGCCACUUAACCAAAGUCUGAACCUGCCGUUCUUGCAACGAGCACGAUUAGGACUACCAGACUGCACUGGCACCUGGGUAAAGAUGAACCGGCCUCACGGCAGUUGCUUGCACAGAGUUACAUUAGCAAUAAGAAAGCGAUUUUAAAAUCCGGCUUUUGGGCAGGGGGCUGGGAGAACCACGAGGCACAUCAGGCAAUGUUCUUGGGAGACUUGACCAGAGUCCCAAAUUCUCCAGAAAUGCAAUUAAACAUCAUUGUAUUCUAGCACCUGGUGCCUUCCAGAUGUUGUGCUGGGGAUCAUGAGAGUUGCAGUGCAACACAUCUGGGGGGGGCAGGCUCGGGGAAGAUGGGAUCAGCUUUCCACAGAUCUACUUCAUCACGAGAUGCGUACCGAACUAUUGCUGUUUUUGAAGAGUUGCCUUUUUCAUGAACAUUUUUAAUAUAUUGAAUAUAAACCUGGCAUCUCUUAGGGUUCUAGAGGCCAUGCACUUGGUAAGCAAUAUAGCUGAAAAAUCUAGGCACAUAAAUAUAAAUUGGAUUCUACUUUUUAAAAACUAUUUUAAUGUUAAUAUAUUCAUAGUAAGCCUUUGCAAAGGGCAUGUAGAAAGGGGAGAGGGUUUUUUUUCCUAUGUACCAGUUUUAAUAAAUGGAUGAAUUUGCCAAAGAGUUUUUUGCAAGUUCAAUGGGAUUUUGUUGAUACUUUCUAAACACACACACACACACACACACUUAUUUCUGCUGUAGACAAUUGCCAAUGGUAACCAGACAUAGUUCUGUUACAUAUGCUCUUGUCUGGCUUCAGGGGUGUGGGUGUUUUUAAUCACAUUUUGCUGAAGAAUUUGUACCUACUCUUGUUUGAAAAUAAUUGCUAAGAGGACUAAAAAUGAAACUAGAAAAUUAAAAUUAUUUUUCCAGUUUA